CUAUGUAACUGAGGUUUCACCUGCUUUUGUUAGGGGUACUUAUGGAAGCUUAAUCCAAAUUGCUACAUGCCUUGGGAUCAUGGGGGCUCUUUUAGUUGGAAUCCCUGUCAAUGAUAUUGCUGGCUGGUGGCGCAUUUGUUUUUGGGUAUCUACAAUUCCAGCUACAACACUUGUUCUUGCCAUGAUUUUCUGUGCGGAAAGUCCUUCUUGGCUGUACAAGCAAGGAAAAGCUGCUGAAGCGGAAGUUGAAUUUGAGAAGCUUUUUGGAGUAGCACAUGUCAAAGUAGCAAUGACAGAGCUGACCAAGUUAGAUAGAGGAGAUGACAUAGAUUCUGUUAAGAUUUCAAAAUUGUUAUCUGGUCCUCAUUUUAGAGAAAGCGGGAGUACCAUCAAGUCUUGCAAAUGUCUUCAUAGGGAUUGUGAACUUAACAGGAAAAAGGAAUCAACAUGCUUUUUGUGCUGGGUGGGAACGGAACUCAUGCUGGGGCAAAUGUAAUUCACAAAGAGGUACCUUUCCAUUUACAUGGUCCUCAUGGUGUUUUGCGGCAUCUGAAAUACCUCAUUGAGACAAAAGGAUCAGCAGUGGUCUGUGUUGCUGAGGGAGCAGGGCAGAAACUGUGAAGCUAUAUGAAACAGUUGGAAUGGGAAAUGGAGAGAACGAGCCAAAGCAAGAGUGAGAGUUGGAGGAUGUUAUAGUAGACAAUACUCUCCAAGUUUCUUGUUAUAGUAACUUUUCAAUAUGUUGAAUAUUUAAGAAUACUUGAAUACUUAAAGAACAUUUUGUUGUUGAUGACAGUGUUGAAUAUUUUAAACUAAUUUGUGGAUUGUUAAUACAAUGUUGAAUGUUUUUACUUUUUGUUAUUUGAAAAUCAAGUUUAUUUGA